AAAUAAAAUUCAUGUCAAUCGAAUAAUCCAUCGUUGUUUCAUUGCAAUUUAAAGUUCUAUAGCUCUAAAAAAAACACCCUAUACAUAGAAGAAUAUCCCAUCACCAAGCUCACAUGUUUUAUCGACCAAACAAAGUCCUAUCAAACCAAACACCACCAUUCCACAUCAGUCAACCUCUACCCCAACUUCAGAGACGAUGGCGGACAACCCAAUCAAUAAAUUCAACAUACUAAAGGAACAAUCCAGGAAGGAGAGGGAGGCGAAGAAGAAUUGGCAACGAAAAUGGGGCUGCUACUUGGACUUCAAACGGAUAAUCAAAGAAGAAGCCGAAAAACUCGGCUUCACAGAGGAGGAAUUCAACGAUAAAGUUAGCUUCGAGAAACCGCAACCGAGAUACGAUAAGAUCGGCUGGCGAAUCGAGGAGGCCGAUGCCGUUCCCCAGACAUCGGCAGGGAUGAUUGGAUGGAGAGGAGAUUUGAAAUAUUCUUUGGAGCGAGUUGGUCCAAUGUUUGUUAGUCCCCUUUUUACAGUGCCGAAGAAGGAGAAGCAAAAUUUCAUCAUUUUAGGUUAGAAGUACUGAAAUAAU